CUGAGAAGAAACGUACUGCGUAAACCCAGAAUGCCCAUAUCCCUUAGUUCAGACCCUGGAGCUGCAGAGGAGAAUUCAAGAAGGGUCAUAGCCCAGCAAUAAAAAUAGCUAAGAGGAUGGAAAAGGUUAAUAGUAAAGCUAUGAGAGAUUUGUUUAAGGUGACGAAGGAUAAUAAGAUUCUUGAUCAAAUUUUGAAGAAACAGCAGAGAAGGGGAUACAGAACUUUUGCUGACCCGACCAUUUGGAAGAGCAAAGAAGAAAUUAUUAGUGGGCAAGGCACUGUCAGUGCAACCAGGUAUAAUAAUUAUGAAGCAAAAAUAUUACCAUAUGCAUCAAGGAAUAGUCGAAAAAGCCUAAAUUCGAAAGCAAAAGGAAUUAAUCACAUUGAAUCUUCAUCUAAUGGCUCUAGCUCGAAGAUGGCCAAGAGAAUGACAACAUGUGGUACUCAUCACAAAGCCAAAUCUAUUCCUGCCAACAACGAGAAUAAAGUAGUCAGGCUUAACCAUAAGUCUCCAAAAUUAAAAGAAUUCUCUGAAGCAGAAGUAGGAAAGCACUGGAACAGAUCUUCAGUAGGGAAAGUCAAGAAUGAUCUAAGUUUUAUUGAAGAAAAGUCUAAUGAGAAACCUGUUAUCAAGGGUAGUUAUAUCAAAAUCACCCGGAACAAAUAAGAAUAAAAUAAUAACGUCAAAGACUAAUAAAAUCGAACUGAAUUCUAAGUUAGAAAAGGCAUUGAAUGAAUUUGAUGACUGUAAAGAUCAGUAUAACCAGCAUCUGGACUCACCUUUAAAACCUCCAGAGGCGUUUAAUACGAUAUAUAGUCCUGAGAAUAGGCUUAAAAGUGCACCUUAUCAGCCUGGGAAUACUUUUAUGUCAACGCUUUAUUCACCUAAAACAGCCAGCAAUUUCAACCCGUUGUAUAAUAAAGGGCCUGGCUCUCCAAUCCCGAAUGAUCAUCAAGGGAAUUUUGAGCUCACAAUAGAUGUGAAUGGAGUCCCUCAUUCUGUAAAAAUGAAUGGAACAGAAGCCACAGACGAAUCGAACGCUCAUGCGAAGGAAGCUGCAGAGUUAAAAGAGAAGCUUUUUGUAAGCGAAAUUCUUCUCAAAUAAACUUUACUGACAAAACCAAGAAUUGGUCGAAAAGACGAAGAAACAGCAAGAGAAAAUUAUGAAGAUGGAUAAUGAUUAUCGAAACCUCCAGAAGCAACAUUUGUUGUUGCAGCAUAACAUACAGAACAAAGUUAUGGCAACGCGGAAAUCUAAUUUCUCGAUAAACACUCUUGGUUUCAAAAGCCCAAUACGAAGAAACAGCUUCGAUAAGUUCAUUGAAAUGCAAGGAAUCAACGAUGAGGCUAACUCUUUCUGGAGUGAAUUGAAGCAAUCUACACAGCACUUAUUUAACACUGAAAGCAUGGAUGAAGACCUUGAAAAGAAGAUGAAUAGUGUAUUCCAAUCACAGCGUUGAGAUUCUCCUAAUGGAUACUUAAUUGCACGAACAAGUGUCGACAAGGGAGAGAGGCUAAUUAAAUAUUGAAUUGGUUAA